UCUUCCCGGCGCACAGACGACGCUCUGUGCAAGCCCGCCUUACAGUCCUCGACUCUCCUGUCCUCCUCUCACCCUCUCGUCGCAAUGGCAGCGGUAAGCAGGACUCUCAGGAAAGUGUGUCAACACUCCCGCCAUCAACUGUGCCAGCUCCACACGUCCGCCUCGAGGCAGGAGGCUGUGGUCAUCUCAGGAAAGAAGCUGGCCCGUCAGAUCCGGGACGAGGCGCGGGCCGACGUGGACGACUGGAUGAUGGCCGGACACAGGAGGCCUCAUCUCAGCGUGGUUCUGGUCGGAGACAACCCGGCCAGUCACUCCUACGUCCUCAAUAAGACUAGAGCGGCCGCCGAUGUCGGAAUCUCCAGCGAGACCAUCCUCAAGCAUUCCGACAUCAGCGAGGAAGAGUUACUGGACCUGAUCUUCAAACUCAACACGGACCACCGUGUGGACGGCCUGCUGGUGCAGCUGCCUCUGCCAGACCACAUUGACGAACGCACCAUCUGCAACGCCGUGUCCCCCACCAAGGACGUGGAUGGCUUCCACGUGGUCAACGUGGGCCGCAUGUGCCUGGAUCAGUCCACCAUGUUGCCCGCCACUCCGUGGGGGGUGUGGGAGAUCAUCAAACGCACGGGUAUUUCCACUCUGGGGAAGAACGUGGUGGUGGCGGGGCGCUCCAAGAACGUGGGCAUGCCCAUCGCCAUGUUGCUGCACACGGACGGCCGUCACGAGAGACCGGGAGGCGACGCCACGGUCACCAUCUCGCACCGAUACACGCCCAAGGAACAGCUGAGGCAACACACUCAAAUAGCUGACAUAGUUGUGGCCGCCGCAGGAAUUCCCAACCUCAUCACCGCGGACAUGAUCAAGGAGGGAGCGGCCGUGAUCGACGUCGGCAUAAACCGGGUGCAGGAUCCAGUCACUGGAAAAAGCAGACUGGUUGGAGAUGUGGAUUUUGAAGGUGUCCGACAGAAGGCAAGCUUCAUCACACCCGUCCCUGGCGGCGUGGGGCCGAUGACUGUGGCCAUGCUCAUGAAGAACACAAUCAAAGCAGCCAAGAACGUUCUGCUCUUUCCACCCGAGAGGAUCCGCAUGGCGGCCGCGUCCUAAUGAGCCACUGAGAGGAGUUGAAUCUCUGCAACAUUCCACCACCUACGACGACUCCACCUCCCAUCAUCCUCAAAUGCUUGGUUUUUUUUGUUGUUUUUCUUAACUUCCUUGCACAUGGACUGGACAGAAGACAGCUGUACGGCUGACUUUUCUUGGGUUUUUUUUUACGUUUCCACACAUGCAACCAUGUUUGGCUGUUACAUUCACUCGUGCAGCUGCAUGUUAUCUGUAACAGGACAUUCAGUAUUUAUCAAUUGCGGAUGAAUUUGGGACUUUUUAACGGGAUCAUGGGAGUUUUAUUUAUUCAUGGUUACAUAAUAAUAUUUAAGCCAUGCUCAUGGCAGGGCGUGAGGGGCGGCGUUCACCUCAAGGCUGGUAAGCAGUGACAGCAAAGCGGUGCAAUUUUGAAUUCUGUUUAGCCUCGUUGGGAGCAGGAGUGACAAGGGCUAACUUGAUCAGGAAUAUGUUCUCCAGUAAUGCAAGCUUUAAAGAUUCACUAAUGCCUUUUGUUAAAUAAAAAAAGAACUGAAAUAAAUAUUACAACUAUGUUCUCAA